AUUCGGUAAGCUCAGCUGGGGUUUGUGUUUGCUGUAUGAACAAACAGCUGUGUGUCGCUCAUGGACUACCUUCAGAAAAACAAGGCAGCAGAGUGAAGAAUAGACCUAUUAUUACACCCGCGGACAUUUUGAAUACACGUGCUCAUCAGCUUCUGAAUCUACUCCUUUGUGACAGACCUAAUUAGUCUUCAGCCAGUGAAGCCUGCAGGUUCAGAGGGCGAAGAUUCCUCUGAACAAUGACUGAUUCAAACACUUCAUCCUCAUCUGAUCCUCUGCUGCACAAACCCCACAAUCCCCUCCCAGUCUCCUUCCCUUUUCUGAGAGGGGGCAGUCAUGUCUGGGAGAGGAAACCACCACAAGCUGGGGAGCCACAUAGUCCACUUCCCACAAAGCGCAAUCGUUCCUAUUCUGCCACUGUGAGAUCCAGGUCUGGACCCAUUUUCAAGGGAGUCUGCAAGAACUUCUCGAGAUCCCAAGGACAUGGUUUCAUUCGACCUACUCAUGGAGGAGAGGAUAUAUUUGUCCACAUCUCAGACAUCGAGGGUGAAUAUGUACCAGUGGAGGGGGAUGAAGUGACCUACAAAGUGUGCCCUGUUCCACCGAAGAAUCUAAAGUUCCAGGCUGUAGAAGUGGUAAUCACUAACCUUACACCAGGAGCCAAGCAUGAGACAUGGUCUGGACAAAUUAUCAGCUCAUAGCUCAGACAUUUAGUCUUACUAGAAUGAAGAACAGAAUUUUGGCCAGUUUGAAUCCUAUUUGGAUUUGGGGCUGUGUAAUAUUUGGCUCUUAACCUUAGCAAAUAUGUGCUAUAAACUUGGAAGGUUGUCUAACUAACUGGAGUUAGUGGCAGGUUUGACCGAGCAUUUAGAAUGGCAGUAGAAGUAAUGUAAAAAUUAUAGAAGUUUCCAUUAAGUUAGCAUUGGCAUUGUGUGUCUGUCUGUCUGUCUGUCUGUCUGUCUGUCUGUUUAUAUUUAUUUAUUUAUUUAUUUAUUUAUUAGGGUGAAAUUGAUUUCAUUAUAUUAUUGCAUUGUACCUACAUACUACUGACAACCAAAUUCUUACUGUUUUAUGGUUAAACAGUGAUAAUUAUGCUUUUAAUAAUUAAUAUAAAAUAUAAUAAAAAUAUACAAUUUCUGUAAGUGGAAAUUUUAAUUACCUUGCCUAUCUGUCAGAAAUGGACUAAGUACUGAUAAGUUGUACGUAAGUAAAUGUACUCAAUUAAAAUGUUAAUAAUUGUAUCCUGACAUUCCACAUUACAAUAGAUUAGCUAUAUUUAAAGGCACAUGGUUAGUUAUAGCACGGACUACAUUGUGUAACAUGACAAAAUUGGAUUGUGAGAAAUAUUUCAAGGUCUAAAUAAAGAAUGAAUCCAGUUUUAGGUAUGGGUAGAGAAGUAUUCAGUUACAACAGCAGUCAUUUUUUUUGUUAAUAUCCCAAAAUAAUAAUUAAAUAUAAUAACAAAGUACUACUCAAAGAAACUUUUAAAAAAUUGUAAACGCCUGCUCAUAUUUAUUUGGGAAUUAUUUAUUUUGUAUUAUUUAAGAGCAUUGGUAAUGCUCACAAACCUCAUCUGUAUGAUAAUGAGCUGUUCACUAGCGAAAUGUAGUUUUUGACAUUGCAUUGUCAGUGUCGGCCCUCAUCUGUAACAAAUUGGAUGUGCAUUUUAAGAACAACAAAUUAAAUAAACAUAAAAUAAACAAUGAAUGUGACAAAAUACCUGCUCACAUUCACUUCUUUCCCACCUUUAUUGUGCCGUAAUUUUAUUGUCAACACUGUUAUAAGAAUGUUUGUUUGAAUUAACUGUUGUCUGACCAUACAUGAGUUUGAUCGUUCUGAUACAGUGAAGAUAUAACUCUUACUGAAAAUGUAUGUAAAAUUUGUGAAUAGUCAUUUCAGAUUUGUUUAUAUACAUCUUUGAUAAGAGCCAUUGUCUGUAAGUUUCUUAACAAGCUAUGGUGACUUAAGUCACCAGCUCUUAAUAUGACCUUUAAUGACUGUUUUAAUGACUCACUUCAUCAUUGUUUUAAUGUCCUUUGAUCAAAUUCCAUAAGCAUUUUGCACCAAUUGACAAUUUAGACUCUACAAAUAAAACCAUGCUAUAGAUGUGCUUAGUGUGCCCUUGCGAUCUGUCUUCAUUACUCCAACUGUAACACACACUCAGUGUUGUAUAAAGUACUAGAAAGCAAUACUUGAGUAAAAGUACAAGUAUCGUACUAGAAAAAGACUUUGGUAGAAGUGAAAGAUACCUUUUAGAAUAUUACUCAAGUAAAAGUCUUAAAGUAUCUGAUAUACACUGUACUUAAGUAUCAAAAGUAAUUUUCUGAUAUUUAAUAUACGUAAGUAUUUGAAGUAAAAGUAAAAAGUAAAAUUUCAGCGAUUUUCGGUAGGCAUAAGAGCAGGGGCGGUUCUAGGAUUUCUUCUUUAGGGGGUUUAGCCCUCAGUGAGAAUUUAAAACAAGAAGAGUUUUAUAUUAUAUAUUAUAUGACUACAUAGUAAGCCAAA